AUGUCUGCUACUACUACAGCAGCAGCAGCUCGGCUGGAGGUGGAGAGGAAGAUAGCCCUUGGGUCGGCUACUGAGUUGGCCCGGUUUCUGUCCGCUCUUGGGCCCCCUGUCCGCCGAGUUGUACUGCAUGAUACGUAUUGGGAUGAUAGGAAAAUGACGCUGGUCAGGCAAGACCAAUGGUUACGACUCCGUAAUGGAGGUUGGGAGAUGAAGAUACCUGCUAUCUCUAGGGGCUCUCAUACUGGGUCGUCGUCGACUUAUAACGAGGUAGAGGGAGAGGCUAGUGUUAAACAGUUUCUAUUCCCAUCUGGUGAAGGCACUCUGCGUAGUCUACUAGAGGGCGACGGUUUUAGGGUCUUUGCGGAGCUCGUCAGCCAUAGGGCUACUUAUCACGCUGUGCAGGACGGCCGCGCAAUCAACGUAGAUGUAGACUCGGCUACCUUUCCGGACGAUCCUGUUCCGUAUUCUAUAGUAGAGCUGGAGGUCUUGUCUGAGGCCUCUAUAGGAGAUGACGACGGCGAUACGAAGGUUGCUGCUAGUGAGGCCGUUAUUGAUGCCUUUAUGGAGCGCAUGGGGAUAGCAGGGAAGACGGUACGGCCCCGCAGCAAGCUCGUCGAGUACCUCGCUCGCCACGAUGAGGAGCGUCUGGUUGAGCUUGCGAAGACUUGUUCGAAGUAUAGGAGGAUAGUAUGCGAGCUCAUGGGGUCCGACUGGGUCGAAGAGCAUGCCCCUGAGGAAGGAGAAGCAUGA